CUAGGGUGAAAGAAGAGGGAUUAGGGGAGAAAACUUGCCAACCCUAUAUAUUGGCAAUCUGGCAACCCUGGGUAGUAGGCGUGCACGGAGAAUAAGGGAAAUCUGACCCAGGUGCUGCUACCAUUGCACUGCAUUUCACUCCGGAGUGAGAGAGAGAGAGAGAGAGAGAGAGAGAGAGAGAGGGAAGAAAGAGGGAGAGCUGCUGCAGGAAACUCAGUGCACCUUCUUCAUCACCAUCUUCAUCCUCAUCAUGCCCGAGCCGGAGGCAGAAACAGCAGCAGCAGCAGCCACUUCUUUCCUGUAGACUGGAGGAUUUUCGCCCCGCUGCCCGCAUGGGUCCCGAGCAGCUCCUGGGAUUAAUUUAAAGGGGAAAAAAAAGAACAGAGUUUCCCCUCUUUUACACCAGGUGCAGAGAGGAGCUUCUCCUGCCAUCAUGGCCGGCCAGGAGUGGACUGACUGGUUCGAGCGUGAGGAACUGAUCGGUCAGAUCAGCGACAUCCGAGUGCAAAACCUCCAAGUUGAGAGAGAAGUCGUUCAAAAGAGGACCUUCACAAGAUGGAUGAAUCUGCAUCUAGAGAAGUGUAAUCCUCCGCUGAUUGUUAAUGAUCUUUUCCGUGACAUCCGAGAUGGCAGAGUUCUCAUGGCCUUGCUUGAGGAGCUGUCCGGAUGCAGGCUGCUCCAUGAAUUCAAACCAUCCGCACAUCGUAUUUUCAGGCUUAAUAACAUAGCUCGGGUAUUGGCAUUCCUAGAGGAGCGGAAAGUAAAGCUGGUAAGCAUCGAUGCCGCAGACGUUGCCGAUGGCAAUUCGUCCAUUGUGCUUGGGCUAAUCUGGAAUAUCAUACUCUUUUUUCAGAUAAAAGAGCUCACAGGAAAUAUAAGGCACCAAUACCCGUCCACUUCCAGCCUGUCGUCCAUCCCGACCAGCUCGGACUCGGACAUGUCGCAGUCCAGCACGCCAUCCGACGAGAAGAAACCUUCCGUCGUCGCCAGGGAUCACGGAAAAGCCAUAAAGACCCUCUUGCACUGGGUCCAGAGACGUACCAGGAAAUAUGGUGUAGCAGUCCAGGAUUUUGGCAAAAGCUGGACAAGUGGUCUGGCUUUCCUUGCAGUCAUCAAGUCUAUUGACCCUAGUCUGGUGGACAUGAGGAGAGCUCUGCUCAGAUCGCCCAGAGAGAACAUCGAAGAGGCCUUUAGGACGGCGCAUUACAGCCUGGGCAUCCCACGACUUCUGGAACCUGAAGAUGUCACCCUGAAUCGGCCUGAUGAACAGUCUAUAAUGACAUACGUCUCCCAGUUUCUGGAGCACUUCCCAGGAUUUGAGGAGGACGAUCCUUCGGAUAUCCUGGAGAGGAAUAGGAUCAGUGCGCGGAUGACCGAGCCCCCGGUUAAGAAUGGAGUUCAGAGGAAGCGAGAAAACUCCAGUGUAGUGAAGAGGGACUGGGUUCCACCUAGGCCCAAGAUUUUUAUCUCUUCAGUGGUUAAAGAAGAAGAACAGAAACGUCCUCCUGUCCCACUUCAAACAGUAGAUGACCGACCUUGGGACAGCGAGGACUCGUCAGUGGGUUCGAGCCCUAGCACUACAGAAAAUCGACCUCCGAUUUGCCCGCUGGGCCUGAGUAAAGGUUCUUCCUCUCCCAUGAGCUCCCCUCAGGUGUCUCUCAUCGACUCGGCUAUGGAAUUUCCAGAAUCGUGGGCUGAAACGCCAAGUGAGCUUCCACAGUCAUGCAGCAACGACUCUCUCAGAGAUUCCACCUCAGCGGGCGAUCUGACCUCGCUGGGUUCUCCACUGGAAUCUGAGAAGGGCCUGCAAGAUCAGGUAGAUUCAGAGUUGUUCAUUGAUGAGGGAAACUUCUCGCUCAGCUUAGAGGCUAGAUCCGCAUUGCUCUCUGAAGAAGAGGAUGCUUAUAGGUACAUUUUAGAUCUUAAGGAAGAAGAGUCUGCCAUUGACGUGCCCACUGACGACAUCAUGAACAACUCUAACGCUCAAGAACCCUGUCCUGAAGCAAAUCAAGUAAAAUCUUCUGAUCCCUCUAAUGGGGACGGUGACUCUGGAUAUUAUCCGGAUCAGAAGGAUAUCCCCACAACUCCACAACUGUCCCAUGACCCUGAUGAAGCCGUUGCUGUUGCUGAAAAUGAAUCCGAGCAAACGGCAGAAGAUCUCCAAGAACUUUUUGAGUCUUCCGACGCCGAAGCCGUACAGAAUGCCAAUAUUGAAUCGGAUCAAAUGCACAUUUUUGAAGAUGAUCAAGAAUGGCCUGUUGUUCAGUACGAGAGGAUUUCUAUUUCGGGGAGUGAAGAGGACAUCGAAGAACUCGGCAUAGAGUUGCCUGAAGAACCUCUUGACGACGAAAUGGAGGAAAGCCAGAUUCCAGAUGUGUUCAGUGCCCAGAAGGAGGACAGUCUUAUAGAGGAAAAUCACACACAGACUCAAGAUGUAGGUCAGGUACAGCAACCAGGCCCAGAUCCGGACAGCCCAAAGCCAGAAGAAAAAGCAGAGCGGAUCAGUAGUGAAUGUGAGCUGGAUCACAUCCUCACAAAUGGCAGCCAGCUUGGGGCAACAGAUACUGAGGCAGAGAUCCAAGAGAAAGUGGAGCAGAAAUCUGGCACUGAGGAAUCCGGCAAAACCAAUGAGCCAAAAACUGAAGAUUUGAGUGAAUCCUCUCAACAGGUGACAGAUGGCCUGGUGGAGAUGAGUCCCGAUUUUGAAAAAGAUAACCUGGAAUCCAGUUCCAAGGAUAUCUGUGAGAACGUCACUGAUGAAGAAAGAAGUCUAGGUGAUUUGAACCUUGUGGAGGACAUUGUUGCUAAAAGCAAGUUGGUGGAUGUUGGUUCACUUCCUGAAAACGAGUCCGAGAGCAUAAAAGAGGACGACGUCUCAUCCACUCUGGAAAAUUCCAGUAAUUCUAACGCUACAGAAGAUGCACUGAUUGAAACUAUCCAGAUUGAAACCUUGCCUGGAUCCCCGACCUCUCACAGUCAUGCCCUCGCACCUGACGUCCUCACACCCGAGACCUUGGUCGAGCCGAAUCCUGGCCCUCCGUCUUGUGAAGACGAUCCGCCGCCAUGCAGCAUCGUAGACCAUGUGUACGAUGAACACUAUGAAGGACAGUCCACUUGGGAGGAGACCAAGAUCGCGGAUACAGAGUGGGCGGAUAGGUACCGUGCGGAGCUCCGGCUGUCGCUCAGCGUGACUCCCCUGCAGCCUGCACCCUCGCAGCCUGCGCUUAGCGACUCGGAAAUUGCGCAGGAAAAGGUUGAUUAUGGGGUUGUAGAGUCUCCUGGACCGAGUCCAUUUGGUCUUUGGGUUGCACACCCAGGAGAAUGGGGCCUGGUGGAGACCGACCUGGACGCAGAGAUUGAGCGCAACAACCGAGAAGAACUGAAGAACCGAGAGGCCGAAGCUGCUGCCAGAGAAAACAUGAACACGCCGAGGGAAGAAGGUGUCUAUGAGUGGAGGACUGAAGAUGAAAACCAGGUACCGGCAGUAUCGAGCAUACCGGACGUGGCGGACGUGAAAGAAGUGAAGCCCCCCAAAGAAAACGGAGAACCUGCCGCGCAUGCCGUCACGACAAACCAUGCGGAUGAGAGGUGUGUGAUGUGUAAUAAGAAGGUGUGCAGUCCUGCCCACAGUCCACAGCGUGCGAAUCACCCCGGGCUUUCCGAAGUCGACUUCCUGCUGCUCAUGUGGCUCCUCCUUUACUGCUUCUUCGUCCUGCCUCACAUGGACAUACGGACGAUUUCCCGUUUCCUGCUCAACCUGGACGAAUGAACUAGCGCAGGAUUGACUAACGCAGGAGCGUUACGAAGGCGGGAUUGUGCUCGUUCUUCUCCACAGACGGUGAAUGAGCAUUCUGGAAGGACUGGCAGCACGUUGCCAUAUCUGUACAUUUUAAAUCUUUGUGCACAAGCAUGGACUAAUCGAAGGGUGUGUUUAUUGUUAAGAUUUUUUUUUUGCGUCGGCCGACAGGUUGCCAGGUUUACAGCGAAUGCUUUAACAAGUCAAUAUUUUAAUGAGAAGAUUAAUACUGAUGAAUGAAUACUUAAUAAUCAUUUUUGCAGUUUUGGUCUGAUAAUGCGUAUGCUGUUUGACAUUUCGAUUGUGCACUUGUUUUAUUUUUAAGCUCAUAAUUUCCAUCGCCAGCCAAGAUUUAUUCGAUACACCACCUGCGUUCAGGCUGUAUGUAUUCUUUUUUUUAUUUGUAAUUAUUUCCACUCCUGAGAUUAAGCCUGGUCCUUCAAGAACUUAUUUUUGGAAUGAAUUUGAAAGAAAUCCUUUAAUUUUUAUAUUGAAUUAUGGACAGGAGCAUCACUGUAAUGGCAAUUAAAUGAUUGUUAAGUGAUUUAUUUUGUCUAUUAACUUUGCUUUUUAAAGUAAAAUCCACCCUAAACCA